CCCCCCGGGGGCUGAAGGGGUCGCAGGGCACCCCCACCCUCCCCGCCCAGGGCUAUGCCGGGGUGGGGGGGCCGGGAGCCCGCCGCCCCCCACCUGUAGGACCCCCCCGGGAGGGCGACCCUCCCCCCCGAUCCCAUCCAUCGCCAUGGGAUGUAACAUGUGCGUGGUGGAGAAGCCGGAGGAGCAAUAUAGGGUCAUGCUGCAGGUGAACGGCCGGGAGCUCUCUCGUCUCUCCCAGGAGCAGACCCUGGAAGCUCUGCGGUGCUCCAAGGAACCUUUGGUCAUCCAGGUGCUCCGGCGCAGUCCCCGCAGCCGCGGCGGGGGCAGCGAGGGCCCUGCCCCCCAGGGGGACCUGGCCACCCUGGUGGACAGCGGGACCCAGACAGACAUCACCUUUGAGCACCUACUGGGGCUAGGAAGGCUGCGGCCGCCGAGUCCCCCGGCCGUGACUUUGGAACCCUACGGCCUGCCAGAUCUCCCCUCGAUUGGCCAUGAGUAUUAUGAUCCCGUGGAGUUCAUGGAUGGAGGUGCUCCGGAGACCGAGCGGGCCGAGGAGCUGGAAUAUGAGGAGGUGGAAUUGUACAAAUCCAGUCACCGGGACAAGCUGGGCCUGAUGGUUUGUUACCGAACUGAUGACGAGGACGACGUGGGCAUCUAUGUUGGAGAGGUAAACCCUAACAGUAUUGCUGCCAAGGAUGGUCGAAUCCGGGAAGGAGACCGUAUCGUCCAGAUUAAUGGGAUGGAGGUGCAGAACCGCGAGGAGGCAGUAGCAAUUCUCACCCAGGAGGAACGGACCAACAUCUCUCUGCUGCUGGCUAGACCAGAGACCGAGUUGUCCAAGCGUUGGAAGGAUAGUGACCGGGAGGAUUUCCUAGAUGACUUAGGCUCUGACCACGAAGCGGGAACGAGACCCCGGCGGCUCCUUUCACCACCGGAUCAGCAGGUACGCAAUGAACCUCUCCAAGAAAAGCCUGCUGGGGAUCCCGCCACCCCCCUGACCAACAGCCAGGAGCUGGACAGCGGCGUCGGGCGCACCGACGAAAGCACCCGCAACGAGGAGAGCUCUGAACACGACCUCCUCGGGGACGAAGCCCCCAGCGCCGCCAACACCCCCGGGAGCCUGCGAAAAUUCGGACCCAGCCUGCAGCCCCGCGACUUCCACUACAGCAUGGACUCGCUGCUGGCGGGGGAGCCGCCGAGCGCCGUGGGCACCGACCUGAUGCCGGGGCUGACCGACGAGGAGUACGAGCGCUACCGGGAACUGCUGGAGCUGAAAUGCCACCUGGAGAACGGCAACGAGCCGGGCUUGGUGAGCUCGGCGCUGGACGUCAACCGCAACGAGGUGGCGCUGCUGGAGGAGGAACUCCGCCACCUGGAGUUCAAGUGCCGCAACAUCCUGCGAGCGCAGAAGAUGCAGCAGUUGCGCGAGCGGUGCAUGAAAGCAUGGUUGCUGGAGGAGGAAGGACUGUACGCCUUGGAAGGAGAACCUAAGAAGCACGAGCUGUCGGACAUCACGGAGUUGCCGGAACGCUCGGACAAAGACAGCACCAGUGCCUACAACACUGGGGAGAGUUGCCGCAGCACCCCCUUAUUGGAAAGCCCCUUGCGCCGCUUGGCUGAGCCCCCCAACCUUAACCGGACUGCCCCGCCCUCGCCGCCGCAGCCCAAAUUCCGACGGGAGGAGCGGGUGCGGCGUAGCCCCAAAGCGGGGGGAGAAGGGAGCCCCUAUCUGAGCCGGCGGCAGCGGGAAGAGCCUCCUCCGCCCAUCAGCCCCAUGAGCCUUGCCAGCAUAUGCAAAGACUCUCUCGGGGGCAAAGGAGAGCCCCGCAUGGAAUGGAAAGUGAAGGUCCGCAGCGACGGUACGCGCUACGUGGCCAAGAGGCCAGUGAGGGACCGGCUGCUGAAAGCCAGAGCCAUGAAGAUCCGCGAGGAGCGCAGCGGCAUGACCACGGACGACGACGCCGUCAGCGAGAUGAAGAUGGGGCGCUACUGGAGCAAGGAGGAGCGCAAGCAGCACCUGAUCCGGGCCCGCGAGCAGCGGAAGCGCCGCGAGUUUAUGAUGCAGAGCCGGCUGGACUGCUUGAGGGAACGGGAAGGGAGCGAAGCCCGCGGGGUGUCCGGGGAGGUCAACAUCUUGGCCCUGAGCCACCGCAAAACCAUGAAGAAACGGAGUCGCCGGAUCUUGGAUAACUGGAUUACCAUCCAGGAGAUGCUGGCGCAUGGCACCCGCUCUGCAGACGGCCGCCGGGUUUACAACCCGCUCCUGUCCGUCACCACCGUCUGAGCCG